UCGGACGGGGCUUGACUGGGUUGGGCCCGGGGCGCUGGGGCGGGGCGGCUCCCGGGAAGGGUUUACUUUCGCACCUUGUUCCCUCCGAGGUCCCGAAAAGUGUUGUGAAGCAGCAAAACAAAAUUCGGGAGGGGAAAGCGUCCGUCCUUAGCUCCCCAGCGACUUCGUGCGUCUCCUCGUCUGAGCACAUUUGAGCGUUUUUCCUUGUCCAGAUUGGUGCCCGUCCCUUUUGCAGAACGUUUACAGGAGGAUGGACUCAGACAAGUGCUGGAGGAGAUGAAAGCUCUCUAUGAACAAAACCAGUCUGAUGUUAGAGACAGGGUUUCAUCAUGUUGGUCAGGCUGGUGUCGAACUCCUGACCUUGUGAUCCUCCCGCCUCGGCCUUCCAAAGUGCUGGGAUUACAGAUAUGAACUGCGGCACCUGGCCAUAAAAUGUGAAAUUUUUUAGGAAGUCCUUACGUGCUUGAUGAAGUACUCUACUAUUAGGAAUGAAGCGAAGUCAGGUGGACGAAGUGAUUUGAUACCAACUAUCAAAUUUCGACACUGUUCUCUGUUAAGAAAUCGACGCUGUACUGUAGCAUACCUGUAUGACCGCUUGCUUCGGAUCAGAGCACUCAGAUGGGAAUAUGGUAGCAUCUUGCCCAACGCAUUACGGUUUCACAUGUCUGCUGAAGAAAUGGAGUGGUUCAAUAAUUAUAAGAAAUCUCUUGCUACUUAUAUGAGGUCACUGGGAGGACAUGAAGGUUUGGACAUUACACAGGAUAUGAAACCACCAAAAAGCCUGUAUAUUGAAAGACAGGGUCUCACUGUGUCAACUGGGAUGAACCUCACAAUCAUAGCUGUCAUCUCAAACUCCUGGGCUGAAGCAAUCCACCUCAGCCUCGUCCGAUGUCUAAAAGACUAUGGAGAAUUCGAAGUUGAUGAUGGCACUUCAGUUCUAUUAAAAAAAAACAGCCAGCACUUUUUACCUCGGUGGAAGUGUGAGCAGCUGAUCAGACAAGGAGUCCUGGAGCACAUCCUGUCGUGACCAUGAACCGAGGCACCCCCAGGCUUCACCCAACUCAUGGACUCCUCUGUACUUCCUCUCUACCCUCCCAUCACCUCCCUCUGUGAUUUUAAGAGCUAUAGACAUUGUUUAAGAUAACUAAGAAUACUUGGCUACGAAGUAUAAUUUGCUAACUAUUAAGGACUUUUUAAAAAAUGUUGUACACUAUUCUUCUCCUGUUUUUAAAAUUUUUUAAAUUUUUUGUAGAGACAGUAUCUCACUAUGUUGUCCAGGCUGGUCUCAAGCAGUCCUCCUCAGGAGGCUGAGGUCAGAGAAUUGCUUUAAUAUGAGAGGUGAAGGUUGCAGUGAGCCCAAAUUGAGCCCAGAAUCCUGGCCUCAAGCAGUCUUCCCACCUUGACCUCUCAAAGUGUUGAGAUCACAGGUGUGAGGAGCUGCACCUGGCACCUACUCCUUUUUCUAAUAAGCUUUAUCUCUAAUCACAGCAUUCCUACAGUGUAUUUUUUAAAUGAAGUAAACAUGAUUACAUUUGAAUCUUUUUUAAAUAAUGAGAGUCACUUGGCUGCACAGGAAGAAGGUAGAUCCCAUGUGUCUUGUUUUCUGGUCAUGUAUAUUGUACAAGCUAGAGAGUCGAAUUUCUGAGAUACACAUUUUCUUUCUUUUUUUUUUUGAGACGGAGUUUCGCUCUUGUUACCCAGGCUGGAGUGCAAUGGCAUGAUCUCGGCUCACCGCAACCUCUGCCUCCUGGGUUCAGGCAAUUCUCCUGCAUCAGCCUCCUGAGUAGCUGGGAUUACGGGCACAUGCCACUACGCCCAGCUAAUUUUUGUAUUUUUAGUAGAGACGGGGUUCACUAUGUUGACCAGGAUGGUCUUGAUCUCUUGACCUCGUGAUCCACCCGCCUUGGCCUCCCAAAAAGAGCUGGGAUUAGAGGCGUGAGCCACCGCACCCGACCCUGAGAUACACAUUUUCAAAUCACAUGAGCAAGUGAAGAUGGUUUUCAGUAUAUGUGAUGUUUAAUGACAUACUAAUUUAUCGUCUGGCAAUUUGGGAAGGAUGGACACAUGGAUUUUGCACAUUUCCAACAUGGUGGCUGGUCUGGUUUGUGGCCAGUAUCACUGCUUUGGAAAGGGACAAUGAAACUGGGGCUAGAGAAGGAAUUUGUACAGCUUUCCCUGAGACUCACAUUGACUAAAAAGUCACGUAAAGAGUUGAUUGGCUUUUAAUGGUAUCUUUUAAAUAGCUGACACUUUAAAUGUUAAUGAAAUUCAGUUUGUUUGUUCUUUUAUGCUUUGGAUGUUUCGUCAAAGGAAUCUUUUCCCACCCUAUGGUCACAACUUUUUUUUUCUUCUAGGAGUGUUAUAAUUUUAAGCUUUAUACUUUUGGUCUAUGACCCGUUUUUGUUUGUUUGAGAUGGAGUCUCGCUCUGUCACCCAGGCUGGAAUUCAGUGGCAUGAUCUCGGCUCACUGCAACCUCCACCCUCCGGUCCAAGUGAUUCUCCUGUCUCAGCCUCCUGAGUAGCUGGGAUUACAGGUGCAUGCUGUUACACCCAGCUAAUUUUUGUAUAUUUAGUAGAGACAGGGUUUCACCCUGUUGGCCAGGCUGAUUUCAAACUCCUGACCUCAAGUUACCCACCUUGGCCUCCCAAAGUGUUAGGAUUACAGGAAUGGGCCGCCAUGCCUAGCCUGUAAUCCAUUUUGAAUGAAUUUUUGUAUAUGGUGCAAGGCGUUGAUCCCCUUCACUUUUUCUUGGGCAUGUAGGUAUCCACCUGUCUCACUACCAUCUGUCGAAAGGACUGCCCUUGGCUCUACCACCUUUGCAUUUUUGUCAAAAAGUAGUUUUCAGUGUAUGUGUGGGUUUAUUUCAGGACUCUGUUUUGUUCCAUUGAACUGUUUUUCUUUCCUGAAUGCCAAAACUAUAUUUGUAUGUAGUGUAAUUUUUCUAAUAAUUCUUGAAAUAGUAUUAAUGCAUUAUAUUUUUAUUGUUAUUUGUAUUUUUUGUAGAGACGGGGUUUUACCUUGUUGGCCAGGCUGUGCUGAACUGAGCUCAGUAAUCCACUCGCCUCAUCCUCCCCAUGUGCUGAGAUCACAGGCGUGAGUCUUGGUGCUGGCCCAAUGCACCACAUUUCUUUUUGAGAUUUGUUUUGGCUAUGCUAAGUCCUUUGCAUUUUAUAUGAAAUUGGGAAGAGGCGGGGCGUGGUGGCUUACGCCUGUAAUCCUAGCACUUUGGGAGGCCUAGGUGGGCGGAUCGCUUGAGCUCAGGAGUUCCAGACCAGCCUAGGCCACAUGGCAAAAGUCUGUCUCUAUAAAAAAUGCAAAAAUUAGCUGGGUGUGGUGGUUCAUGCCUGUAGCCCCAGUUACAUGGCAAGUUGAAGUGGAUCCCUUGAGCUCAGGAGAUCAAGGCUGCAGUGAGCUAUGAUCACACCAUUGUACUCCAGCUUGGGUGACAAAGUGAGACAUUGUCUCAGAAAAAAAAAAAAAUUAGGGUCAACUUGUCAAUUUCUACAACAGCAACAACAAAAAACCCUCCUAGCACUUUGAGAUUGCAUUGAAUUUAUAUAAAAAGGUUGGGAGAGUUGACAUCUUUAGUAAUAUUGAGUCUUCUGGCCUAUAAAUAAAGUCUGUCUUCCCACA